AUGGUCGGACUCGUAUCGGCCGCCGGUUUGGUUGGCUUCCUCUCCGAGCCUGACCCAGAACUCAAGGUCUUUGCUUUAAAGACAUUAGAUUCUCAGAUCGAUCAUCUCUGGACAGAGGUUGUCAACUCGGUUCCUGAAAUUGAGGCUCUCUACGAAGAUGAAUCAUUUCCAGAACGCGGCCUUGCGGCGUUAGUCGCAUCAAAGGUAUAUUAUCAUCUGCAGGAAUAUAACGAGAGCAUGGUUCUUGCUCUAGGCGCUGGAAAGCUGUUCAAGUUGGAAAACGCCGGCGAGUAUGAGGAGACCAUCAUCGCGAAAUGUGUCGAUACCUUCAUCUCUCUAUCUGCCUCCCAACGACCUACCGCGGGUGAUCAACCAGCCAAUCUGAACACUGCAUUCCCAGCAUCUGGCGACGGCGCCACCAGCACAUCCGCCAGCCUCACUUCUCCUAUCACACCUUUCUCCAAGUCCGCACUGCCCUCGAAAUCAUUGCUUUCCCGCGCGGAGGUUCCCGGCGUGGACGCCGCACACCCUGGUGGCGAUGACACUAGCGUUCAGCACGAGGAAAACUCCCUUGUGUUGAAGCGCGGUGUUCAGGGUCAAUUGCAGACCGUCAUUGAGCGAUUGAUUGAAGCAUGCUUCCGACAAAAGCGAUAUCGUCAGGUCAUUGGAAUUGCCAUCGAGGCAAAGAACCUGGAUGUACUUCGUCUGGCCAUCCUUCGUGCCAGCAGCGAUGAGAAACAGGAGGAGGGUGACUCCCGUGGCAGCGAGGAGCUCAUGGAAUAUGUCCUGGACAUCUGCAUGGGCGUUGUUCAAGAACGAGCCUUCCGCAGCGAGAUCCUUAAACUCAUUUUGGAACUUCUUAAUGAAAUCCCGGCACCCGACUUCUUCUCGAUCGCCAAAUGCGUUGUCUAUCUUAAUGAGCACUCAAUGGCCUCCGUUAUUCUUCGCCAGCUGGUUGAGAAGGGCGAUGCGCGAUCCCUUGCCGUUGCUUAUCAAAUUUCUUUCGACCUUUAUGACAACAGCACCCAGGAGUUCCUUCAGAAAGUUCGACAAGAGAUUGCUGAGCUUGUUCCUGAAGAUGAGGCCGAUAAAGAGAACAAUGAAGAGUACAGGCAGCCAAGAGAGUCCGACGCAUUGCUCGAAGACCAGGGAAGCUCUUCCCGGCCGUCGAAUCAACAAUCAGAUCUCUCAGAGGAUGCGGUGACUGCAUUCAAGAACAUCCUCUCAAUUCUAGAUGGAAUCAAGACCAUCCAGUUGAAUCUGGAAUUCUUAUACCGGAACAACAAGGCUGACAUCGCGAUUCUGAACAAGAUUCGUGACAGCCUUGAAGCCCGCAAUUCGAUCUUCCACACUGCUGUGACACUUUCAAAUGCAUUCAUGCAUGCAGGAACAACCCACGAUAAGUUCUUCCGUGACAACUUAGAGUGGCUCGGCAAGGCCGUGAAUUGGUCCAAGUUCACAGCCACUGCUGCAUUGGGCUGUAUCCACCGCGGCAACCUCAGCCAGGGUCAGAAGCUCCUCCAGCCUUACCUCCCCCGCGAACACAUCGCUGGAGUUGGAGGCUCGGGGUCUGUUUACAGCCAGGGUGGCUCUCUUUACGCCUUUGGUCUCAUCUACGCCAAUCACGGUGGCAUGGCGGUUGACAUCAUUCGCGACCACUUCAAGAAGGCCACGGAAGAGGUGGUUCAGCAUGGUGGUGCUCUCGGCCUCGGUGUUGCGGGUAUGGCAACAGGCGACGAAGGCAUUUACGAAGACCUGCGGAGCGUUCUUUACACUGAUUCCGCUCUCAAUGGCGAGGCGGUCGGUCUCGCCAUGGGUCUCAUUAUGCUUGGCACCGGUAACAUGAAGGCUCUUGAAGACAUGAUCCAGUACGCACACGACACGCAGCACGAGAAGAUCGUUCGCGGCCUGGCUAUGGGUAUGGCUUUGAUCAUGUUCGGUCGCCAGGAAGCUGCCGACGAGCUCAUCAACGGUCUGCUCGGCGACCCUGACCCAACCCUCCGCUACGGUGGUAUCAUGACCAUUGCCCUGGCUUACUGUGGCACUGGCAGCAACAAGGCCGUCCGCAAGCUCCUGCACGUCGCCGUCAGUGAUGUUAACGACGACGUGCGCCGAGUUGCCGUGCUCAGCUUGGGAUUCAUCUUGUUCCGCAAGCACCAGAGUGUUCCUCGCAUGGUCGAGCUGCUUUCUGAGUCAUACAACCCUCACGUCCGAUACGGUGCCGCCAUGGCGCUCGGUAUCUCCUGCGCCGGCACUGGCUUGGAUGAAGCUAUCGACCUCCUGGAGCCUAUGCUUAAGGACUCAACCGACUUUGUUCGUCAGGGUGCUUUGAUCUCUCUUGCCAUGGUUCUCGUCCAGCAGAACGAGGCCAUGAACCCCCGUGUAACCAGCCUUCGCAAAGCCAUGAUGAAGAUGCUCGGUGACCGUCACGAGGAUGCUAUGGCCAAGUUUGGUUGUGCAAUUGCUCUCGGUAUCAUUGAUGCUGGUGGCCGAAACUGCACCAUUAGCUUGCAGACGCAGACGGGUAACCUCAACAUGCCCGGUAUCGUUGGUGUUGCGGUCUUCGUGCAGUACUGGUACUGGUUCCCUCUCACACACUUCUUGUCGCUUAGCUUCACCCCGACAUCCGUGAUCGGUGUUGACCAGAAGCUCGAAGUCCCACACUUCAAGUUCCACAGCAACACCCGACCUAGUCUAUUCGACUACCCCCCUGAGCAACAGGUGAAGACUGAGGAGGCUCCGGAGAAGGUGAAGACUGCAGUUCUUUCUACCACAGCCCAGGCCAAGCGUCGCGCGCAGCGUAGGGAGAAGCAAGCGCGCCGUGAGAGCAUGGACAUCGACCAAGCACCCACAACACCCAAGGCUACUGAUCAGCUGCUGGAUGCAAUGGACACAGACGAUGUUCCUAAGGAGGAUGGAGAAGAAGGCAAAGAGACAGAGAAGGCUGCUGCAGAGGUGCAGAAGAAGAAGGCAGAGCGGGAGAAGGUCGGAUACGAGCUGGACAACCUGUCUAGGGUACUUCCAGCUCAGCUUAAGUACCUUACUUUCCCCGACCCGCGAUAUGAGCCGGUCAAGAGGCCCACUGGUGGUGUUGUUGUCGUUCUCGAUAAGCAGCCCGACGAGCCUCGCGAGGUAAUUGAAUUAAAGGCCAGCAAAGAGGCUCGCCAACCGCCUCCUGCCACGGAAACCCUCCAGGACCGCCUACAGGCCGCCAUUGGAACCGCUGCUCUGCAGACCCCUCAACGGGCCGAUGCUCGGGCUGCUCUAUCUGCUGCAACCUCAAGUGGUGCUGGUGCUGCCGCUGGUGCUGGUGUGCUGACGGCUGUGGAUGAGGACGAAGAAGGCGUGGAAGACGCACCUGUCCCUGACGAGUUCUCGUACGAGUCAGAUGGUGAAGAACAGUAG